CGCAGCUGCUCACUUGGACUACAAAAAUCGAUGUAUCGAUAUAUUUAUUGAUAGCAUAUAUCGCUGGUUGAGUCGAUUUUGUUCUACGUGUGAACAGCUGAUAUUUUUAGUGUAAAUAGCCUAACCCAUGUCUUCAAACGAGGGCUAUCACAAUAAAAUAGAGCCAGGCGGUGGGUCCGCUGGUGAUGAACAGUCCACAAGUUCGGGUGCGCGUGGCAGCCAUGGAAGCGCUGCAAGUGCCGCAGCGGCAAACAGUACGCAGCUGCAUCAGCAGAUACUGAAUGAGAAUACAUAUCUGAAGGCCUCGAAGCAGGCCUACUUCAGCGAUGAAAAGGUGCUCAUACCCGACGAUGAUCGCACAAAUAUCGGUUUCAGUUUUCGCAAGCUGUGGGCCUUCACCGGUCCCGGUUUUCUCAUGUCCAUUGCGUAUCUAGAUCCGGGCAAUAUUGAAUCUGAUUUACAAUCGGGCGCCGCAGCCAAAUAUAAAAUACUCUGGGUGUUAUUAUGGGCCACAGUUCUGGGUCUGCUCAUGCAACGCUUGGCCGCAAGGCUGGGCGUUGUCACUGGUCUGCAUUUGGCGGAGAUGUGCUACAGACAAUACAAACGCUUACCACGUUGGAUACUCUGGAUAAUGAUAGAGAUUGCCAUUAUUGGCUCGGACAUGCAAGAGGUCAUAGGCACAGCCAUUGCCAUAUAUUUGCUGUCCAAUAAAGUUGUACCUUUAUGGGGUGGCGUACUCAUCACCAUUGUCGACACAUUUACGUUCCUAUUUCUGGAUAAGUACGGUUUGCGUAAACUGGAGUUCCUAUUUGGUUUCUUGAUCACUGUCAUGGCCAUCACAUUUGGCUAUGAGUACAUUGUGUCAGCACCCAAUCAGGGCGCUGUGUUGGAGGGAAUGUUCGUGCCGUGGUGUUCUGAUUGCAACUCGGAUGUGUUGCUACAGGCAGUGGGCGUGGUUGGUGCCGUUAUUAUGCCGCACAAUCUCUAUCUGCACUCUGCGUUGGUCAAGUCACGUGACAUUGAUCGCCGCCAGCCAAAGAAAGUGAGCGAAGCAAAUUUCUAUUUCUUUAUUGAGGCCUCCAUAGCGCUGUUCGUGUCCUUUAUCAUUAAUCUCUUUGUUGUCGCCGUCUUUGCGCACGGCAUGUAUGGCAAGACCAAUCGGGAUGUGCUGGACGUGUGCACCAACAAAUCGAUGUAUGAGGAUGCCAAGCUAUCGUUCACGGACAACCACAAUCUCACGGACAUCAUCAAUGCCGAUUUGUACAAAGGCGGUCUGUUUCUGGGCUGCACAUUUGGGGCCGCCGCAAUGUACAUAUGGGGCGUGGGUAUUUUGGCUGCUGGCCAGAGCUCCACCAUGACAGGCACAUAUGCCGGCCAGUUCUCCAUGGAGGGCUUCCUCAAUCUGCAGUGGCCCCGCUGGUGUCGCGUGCUGGUCACGCGCUGCAUUGCCAUUAUACCCACCUUCUGCCUGGCCAUGUUCAGCAAAAUGGAAGAUCUGACCAAUAUGAAUGAUAUACUUAAUGCGGUGAUGUCGCUUCAAUUGCCAUUUGCAGCGAUUCCCACCAUCGCGUUUACAUCUUGUGCAGCCAUCAUGGGUGAAUUUGUGAAUGGAAUCGGCAACAAAAUCGUUGCCAUUUUAUUAACCAUUGUGGUUAUUGGAGUCAAUCUUUACUUUGUUGUGGUGCAAGUGGAAUCGCUUGAAAUUGUAGGCGGCACACUGGCAGUAGUCUGCAUAUUUGCUAUUCUAUACAUAGUUUUUGUUAUAUACCUUGUGAUACAUAUGGCCGCGUGCAUGGGCAACAAGUGGCUGAUGAACAGUCGGUGGGUGCAGCGUUGGGUGUUACCAAGCCAGAAUAGUUUUUCGAUAAAGAACGCCAACUCUACGUAUGCCAGAAUUUCGACCAAUCCCGACACAGAUGCUGAUAUCAUGGACGGUGAGGAUGCGUAGCCAUUACUGUUCUGCACUGAUUCCGAUGGCAGCGAGGAGGUUUGUUUUAGCAGCAAUAACAAUGAGCUGAAUUGCCACAGCAGCAAUGUGGAUAAUGCCAGUAAUGGUCAUGUAGUCAUUAGCUAGCAUUCGGCUCAGGUCUGCCCCGAUAAUAACUAUAAACCAUCCCGUCGCAAACAGCGCAGCCUAUCCACAGACCCUAUCCCAGCACCUAGUUCAUCAUAUCAGAAAUCGGGUCACGCUCUGCGCGCUGUUCGCUUGAAAGCCGAAAUCUUGGGAAUUAGUGUAAUACGAUUUCAUAGCAUAAUUAUUUCAAUAUGAUGUACGCAGUAUACCAAAAAA